GACCACACGAAGAGCCCGCCAAGAUGCCUAUCUCAAUGGAUAUGUUUCCUCACAGUCCCUCCACCUUGGACGAACUCCCACCCAUUCCGAUUGACCUAGAGAGCUUCGUUGUCCGCACCUACCCGACGCCCUUCGUCCACAUUGAACGCUGGAGCAAGAUUUGGGGAUGUUUGCCCGUCUCCUACAGCUACUACGACCGCUGCUGGAAGUUGUCCCCUUUCUUAACUUGCUGGAUUGUUUGCUCCAUCGGGUUCAAUGUACCAUGCUUCUACAACUGUCUUAUGUCCUCCAUCGCAGGCGGCGACAACAGCAUAACAGUUUAUGUUAUGAUCCUAAUCGUGGCAGUAAUGACCAUCUCCGCGGUGGCCAUGCAUGUCCUGUCCCUCGUCUACAAUAAAGAGUGGGCUAGGUUCCUCCAGAACUGGAUGACCUUCGAGCGCAAGUUUAGAACCUUGGCGACUGGGGCCCAUUCGUACAGCCUGGCUGUCCCGCUUUAUGUUGGGUUCUUGGUAUGCAUUAUCUUCUUUGUUGUCAAUAUUUUAAACGAACUUCGCUUCAAUUUGAUCAAUAACGACGGUGUGUGGCGGAUGUUGUCGCUGGUGUACGUGUAUGUGAUCUACAGCUUCACGCUCUCCAUGCCCAUCCUGUGGGUGGUGAUGGCCUCCAAGGUGUUCGCUUUAUGCCUCAGCCACAUUAGAACGGAACUGGAAUCCAUAAUUGAGUGCGCAAGAUUUGGAGAGACGUGUGCGUCGCACGUUCAAAAGUGCAUUGCUUCCAGUGAUAUUAUUCGAUUGGAAGAGGCGGUCCUGGAGCUGAGACGACUCAUCCAGGCCUUCAAGGCUAUUAUGGGUCCCUUCAUGCUGGUGAUCGUUCCCCACCACAUUAUCUCCCUCAUCUGUUUCCUCUAUUGGACCCUUGUCUCCUCGCUCGACUAUUCCGACUGGUAUUUCCCACUCAGCUUUGGUCUACUGUCCAUCCAGGCCAUCGCCCCCAUCUUCUGUGGCGCCAUCUACAGCGAGGACAUUCAGACUCAGAAAGACUCUCUCAUAGAACCUCUCCUGAUACUGAAGGGCACGAUGAAGGAACAGAAGGAGAAGAUCAAAAUGGCUACAUUGAUAGACCACGUGAGCCGAACUGAUGCCCAGAUCGAGGGCUGUGGCUUCUUCAUCCUCAACAAGGGCAUGGCCACUACAGUGGUGAACACCGUAGUGACCUACUUGGUGGUGCUUAUCCAGUUCUACGGCAGUGGUCGCUAGUGGAUACCAACCUACAGAAUAUACUCGAAGAACUUUGGACAAGUUUUAUAAUCAAGUUCUACAGCAGUGGGCACUAGUGGCCGCUAAUUAAUUCAUACAUAGGAGGAAUUUUGGUCCAAAUUUAUAAUCAAAUUUUAUGGCAUUGAGAGCUAGUCGAUGCAAUCCCAUACACUGGAGGAACUUUAAACCAGUUCAUUGGAAGAUGGAGCUAACAGAAACCAUCCAAUACACUGGAAGAACUUUGAACAGGUUAAUGAAAGCAUGCGGAUGAGGCUUGCAAGAUUUCGUUAUGCCACGGGACUCUUAGAGUCUAGGCUAUUCCGAUAGCCUAGACUCUAGGCUAUCAGUGAAUAGUGAUAGCCUAGUGAAUAAAAGAAAAUUCUUUUAUAUUCAUAUGGCCCAGGUGUUCUGUAGUGGGAGGCUGUAUCUGGCCGCUAAAUUC